AUGGCAGUGACCCUCGCCCGCACAACCAUCACCGGCAUCGCUCCGUCCAGAGCGCCCAAGACUGUUGGUCCCUACGUUCACGCUACAGUGCAUGAGAACACAAUCUACAGCACGUGCAUUCUGCCCAUCGACCCCAAGUCCGGGCAGCUCGUCGGCGACACGGCCGAGGAGCGCUUCCGCCGCAUCUACCAAAAUCUCUCGGUCGUGCUCGAGGAGGCUGGAAGCUCGCCCCAGCGUAUUCUCAAGCAGACGCUGUACCUUACUGAUCUGGCGGACUUUGACGCUUUCAAUAAGCUCACUGUCGAGUUCCUUGGCGACCACCGCCCUGCACGCGCCACGGUCAAGGUGCUUGGACUCCCUCUGGAGGCUCCGUGCGGCCUCGAAGUGAUUGCCGCGCGCAACUAG